AGGCUUGCAGUGAAAAGGACUGGGGAGGGGGUGAGGAUGGAAUCCAAGUUGGUUUAGUCAAGGCCUUAUCUGCAUCAUAUAAUGAUAAUAUGACACAUAUUCAUCGUAGGUGGCUGGGAACAUUCUAAGCAGGUGAGGGUGCGUCUCUCUCUCUCUUUCUCAGUCUAUGAGCUGCACCCUCGGUGGCUCAGGUAAUUGAUUUUACCAUUAACAGUAAAUUGUGUUUCCCACUAAACGGGGAACUACCAAGGUGACUGACAGUGGGGCUGUUUGGCUUGACCUGCAGUUGUUGAUAGAUAAAUAAUGAAGCUUUGUGAAGCCAUGAUGGACAUGGAUAUGCCAGACUACACAGAAACCCUGGACUCCUCUUACACCAUGCUGGAAUUCGACAGCAUUCGAGUUCUUCCAAGUAAUACAGAAAUUAUUACAGUAGAAACUGCCAGCCCUGGUUUACUCAAUAAUGGAAUCAGCGCUUUUUGUGCUAUUUGUGGAGAUCGGGCAACGGGGAAACAUUAUGGGGCUUCAAGCUGUGAUGGCUGCAAAGGUUUCUUCCGAAGAAGUGUCCGCAAGAAUCAUGUCUAUGCAUGCAGAUUCAGCAGACAGUGCAUUGUUGACAAAGACAAAAGAAACCAAUGCAGGUAUUGCCGCCUGAGAAAAUGUUUCCGAGCCGGGAUGAAGAAGGAAGCUGUGCAGAAUGAGCGUGACCGGAUCAGUAUGCGCAGAAGCAGCUAUGAAGACAAUGGUUCCCUGUCAAUCAGUGUUCUUACUCAGGCUGAGGCAAUGGUUCUUCAGUACUCGCCUCUAAGCCCAGCUCACAGUUCUGAUAUUUCCAUGAAGAAAGUUGCAUCUAUUAGCGAUGUCUGUGAGUCCAUGAAACAACAGCUCCUUCUCCUGGUAGAGUGGGCUAAAUACAUCCCAGCCUUCUGUGAACUUCCUCUGGAUGAUCAGGUUGCGCUGCUCAGGGCACACGCUGGGGCUCACCUCCUUUUAGGAGUAGCUAAACGAUCGCUUCCUUACAAAGAUUUUCUGUUACUUGGUAAUGAUUUCAUCAUGCCAAUGCACUGCCCAGAGCUAGAAGUUGCUCGCGUUGCUUGCCGGAUCUUAGAUGAGUUGGUGAAGCCUCUUCGUGAAAUUCAGAUUGAUGACAAUGAAUAUGCAUGCCUGAAAGCUAUUAUAUUCUUUGACCCCGAUUGCAAAGGACUUAGUGACCAAACAAAAGUGAAGAACAUGCGGUUCCAGGUACAAGUAAAUCUGGAAGAUUACAUUAAUGACCGGCAGUAUGAUUCCAGGGGGAGGUUUAGUGACAUCCUUCUCCUCCUGCCGCCACUCCAGAGUAUCACGUGGCAAAUGAUCGAACAGGUUCAAUUUGCAAAGCUCUUUGGAGUUGCUCGGAUAGACAGCUUACUGCAGGAGAUGUUGCUGGGAGGAUCAGCUAUGGAUGGCAGUCAGUAUAGUCAUUCAGGACAUUCUGGCUUGAACCUUGAUCUACUUUCGGGACCCACAGUCCACCCUCACAACCUUCAUUCAGUGAUACAUACUGUAUCCUCUUCAUCUCCAGAAACGUCACUACCAUCACCUUCUACCAACCCAAAUAGCGAAGACUACAAAAUGAACACCGCCACUGUAUCCUCCAUCCCACUAAUGCCGCGCAGUGUCAUUGCUAAAAAAGAAAUACUAUAGAGGAAAACCAUCUAGCCUGCAAAUUCAUUUUACCUGCUUUAAGAGAACUACACAGACCCUACAAAUAUGCAAAAUGCACAUGGGAUACACGUUCUUUUUAGCUUCAAACGAUUACCGAUGUGGUUUUAGCCUGUGCAAUAAUAAUCUGAGAAAAUGCAAUUUCUGCUUUAAUCCUUGAAGAUUCCGAUUACCCCAUCAAUUCCUAAAAAGUUAUCGACAUUGGUGAAGGUACACAUGAACAAGGGGUUUGCUCACUUUGCGGAAAAAUAAAUGCUAAGAAAUAAUAUUUAAGCCAUUAUCAUAUGUAUUUAGCUAAACUGAAGGCCAGAUACAUCAUUGCAUCACAUUUGGAGACCACCCUAAACUGCCUUCCUGACCACUGGCUGUUCACUGGCAAUACACAUUUUUCUCCCCAUCCAUUAAUGGCUUUUCAAUCAAAAAGGACAUAUAGCAGCAUUUAUGGUGUCCAUACAAAGGUUGGCCUUGUGUUUGAGGGCAGGACAUUCUGUUAUUAUUAAGGCAAAUAGUUUUUUUUAAUUUCCAAAAGAGAAAAUAAAUAGAUGGCUGUUUGAAACUGA